AUGAUGCUAUUAUUUAAACCGUCAGCGACCCUAGGGAAAAGGUCGAAACCUCGUCCAUACCAAAGCUUCUCCGAGUCUCUAUUGAUCGAUAGUAUUGAAGCAACCGAAACUUUCACAAGAAAAUGGAUUUCUCCAGAUCUCUCUGCUUCUUCUUCAUGCUCCCUCUCCUCCAUCUUCUCCACCCAAAAUCGAGUCGAAGGAAGAAGAUUCAUCGAAGUCAUUAAUAGCUUGCAAUACGCGAUUCAAGGAGUAAUGUUGGUGAAUCCCGAGUCACAUAAGCUCGCUCGAGCGCAUAGCCUUGUCACCAUCGCGAUGAAACACUUGGAGAAGGAGUUCUAUCGAGUUCUGAAAUCGAAUCGACGAAAUCUCGAUCCUGAAUCCAUCUCUGUUCGAUCUUCGGAAUCGUUUAACGCGAGGAAGAAAGUCUCGGUUUACUCCAACGCUCCGAAAUCUGAAGAUGCAGAUGUCAUGACUGAUUUGAAAUUGAUCGCUGAUUGUAUGAUAUCUUCUGGCUACGAGAACGAGUGCGUUAAGAUCUACAAGAAGAUAAGAAAAUCGAUCAUCGUCGAAGCGUUGAACAAUCUGGGAUUCGAGAAUCUGAUUUUUGGUAAGGUUCAGAAAUUGGAGUGGGAGAGUAUGGAGAAGAAGAUACAGAGCUGGUUAGAAGCUGCGAAGAUUAUAAUAGCGAAUCUGUUCGAAGGAGAACGAAUCUUAUGCGAUCACGUUUUCUCCACUUCCGUCUCCGUCGCCGAGUCUUGCUUCUCCGAGAUCACGCUUGACAGUGCUUUGACUCUCUUCGUCUUCCCCGUGAGUGUCGCGAAAUGCCGAAAAACCGUCGAGAAGAUCUUCUCGACUCUCGACGUUUACCAGACGAUCUCUCGUCUUCUUCCCCAAAUCGAAGAGAUCUUCAGCUACGAUUCGACUUCCGCUGUUCGAUUACAAGCCGCCGAUUCGCUCACCAACCUCGGCGAAUCGAUCAAUUCGAUGGUCGCCGAAUUCGAAGCUUCCAUCACGAAGGAAUCCUCGAAAUCUCCGAUUCCUGGAGGCGGAGUUCAUCCGCUCACGAGAUAUGUGAUGAAUUUCAUCGUCUUCCUCGCCGAUUACAACGAAUCUCUCGCCGGAGUUCUCACCGAAUCGACAUUACCUUUACCGGAAGAUUACUUCGGAAACAACGACGACGAUAACAACAACGACGCAGGCGAUUCAGGAUCUUCUUCAAAGGUGACCACUAGAAUCGCGUGGCUAAUCCUCGUCUUGCUCUGUAAAAUCGACACUAAAUCUCGGAUCUACAACGACAUGGCUCUAUCGUAUCUCUUCUUAGCCAACAAUCUCCAUUACGUGAUCUCGAAAGUCCGUACGUCGAAUCUGAGAGUCGUGUUGGGAGACGAGUGGGUGACGAAUCACGAAGGGAAACUGAGUCAAUACCUGGAGAAGUACGAGAAAAUAGCUUGGGGAGAAGUGAUGGCGUCACUCUCCGACGAAGAGACGAUGCUCGAGGAAGACGCGGCGAAAGAGCGUUUGAAGCGGUUCAACGAAGCGUUUGAGGAAGCGUUUCAGAAGCAGAGCAGCUGGGUCGUACCGGAUUCGAAAAUGAGAGACGAGUUAAAAGAUUCCGUGGCGAAGAAACUAACCGAUGCUGCGUCGUCGUUUUAUGGAAAGUACCACGUGGAGGCUUGGGAAGAAAUUGUCAGAUUUGUCCCUGAAGAUUUGGGUAAUUACCUUACUGACCUCUUUUUAGGUACGGGGGGAUCUUGUAUUAUUGUUCCUUCGCUUAAGCCUUCCGAAUCGGGACGUUCACUUUCCGAAUCGGGACGUUGA